AGCCCUCGGAGGAAGCGGCGGCGGCGGCGGGGGAGGCGGAGGAGGUUCCCGGACUGGCGGCUUCAGAGUGGCAUCGGAGAGAGGCGCGCUGUCGGGGUGGGGUGGGCCUGAGCGAACGCUCCGGGGCCCAGCGGCCCCAUCGGUGCCCCCCGGCCGUCCCGGCCCCUCCCUCCACCAACCCGGCGACCGGGAUGCAGUCCUCGGAGCACGAGGGGUGUGGGUCUGAGGCCAGUCCCAGCGCGAUGCCCGAGGCUCCCCUGGAGUCUCCACCUGCCCCUGCCAAGUCCCCGGCGUUUGAUCUUUUCAACUUGGUUCUGUCCUACAAGAGGCUGGAGAUCUAUCUGGAACCCCUGAAGGACGCAGGUGACGGUGUUCGGUACUUGCUCAGGUGGCAGACACCUUUGUGUUCCUUGCUGACCUGCCUGGGCCUCAACGUCUUGUUCCUCACUUUGAAUGAGGGUGCGUGGUACUCGGUGGGUGCCCUGGUGAUUUCGGUGCCCGCCCUCCUGGGCUAUCUGCAGGAGGUGUGCCGGGCACGGCUGCCGGAGUCUGAGCUGAUGCGCAGGAAGUAUCACAGCGUGAGGCAGGAGGACCUGCAGAGAGUUCGCCUGUCUCGCCCCGAGGCUGUGGCUGAGGUGAAGAGCUUCUUGAUCCAGCUGGAGGCCUUCCUGAGUCGCCUGUGCUGCACCUGUGAGGCCGUGUACCGAGUGCUGCACUGGGAGAACCCCGCCGUGUCCUCACAGUUCUACGGGGCUCUUCUGGGCACAGUUUGUGUGCUCUAUCUGCUGCCGCUGUGCUGGGUCUUUGCCCUUUUAAACAGCACCCUCUUUCUAGGGAAUGUGGAGUUCUUCCGAGUGGUGUCUGAGUACAGGGCAUCCCUGCAGCGGCGGAUGCAACCCACCCAGGAAGAGGGUGCCUUCCAGAGCCCACCGCCCCCAGAUGCUGGGGAGAAGGGCGUUCUGCUGGACUGCACGCCUGUGCCCACGCCCACAGAGGACCUCACGCCAGGCAGUGUGGAGGAGGCCGAGGAGGCUGAGCCUGAUGAGGAGUUUAAAGAUGCGAUCGAGGAGACCCACUUGGUGGUCCUGGAGGACGAGGAGGGUGCCCCGUGCCCAGCAGAGGACGAGCUGGCCCUGCAGGACAACGGGUUCCUGAGCAAGAACGAAGUGCUGCGUAGCAAGGUGUCUCGGCUCACAGAGCGGCUCCGCAAGCGGUACCCCACCAACAACUUCGGGAGCUGUACGGGCUGCUCGGCCACCUUCUCAGUGCUGAAGAAGAGACGGAGCUGCAGUAACUGUGGAAACAGCUUCUGCUCCCGGUGCUGCUCCUUCAAGGUGCCCAGGUCUUCCAUGGGGGCCACAGCCCCCGAAGCCCAGAGAGAGACUGUGUUUGUGUGUGCCUCGUGUAACCAGACCUUGAGCAAGUGAGAAGAGGGACACGGUCCAAGCAGGUGCUGGUUCCUGGCCAGCAAUAGACCCCACUCUCCCUGUCCCUAGCCCCCUGUGGCGUGUGCUGGGCAAAUGUGGCCCAAACGCUAGGUAGGCUUCCCCUUUCUGCCCUUGCUGUCUCCAGCCAGGUUCUGCAGCUGUUCCCCCCUCCUGCAGGUGGCCGUGAUGGCUGCUCUCAAACCUCAUAGGGGACAGGAGCCCCUGGAGGGCCUGGCAUGUUUGUCUUGCUCUGUCCUAAGCUGUCAGCAGACUCAGGGCUGGGCAGGCAGCGUAAGCUAGAGGGCAGCAGAGAGCCAUGCCUGGUCUUGAUUGGGAUCUCUGAGGGUCAGGGCGUCUCUCUGAGGCUGGGAACACUCUGAAAACAAAGAUGAGAAACUGGGAAAAGAGAUUCUUCCUUCCGCUGGAUACUGGGCCAGGCCCUUUGCCUCUGAGAGUCUGCAGAAGGGCUUGGGAGUGCCAUGACUGCUGUUCGAAUGUCCCUCUGGCACUGGGCUCUCAUUAUUCCCCACCAGAUGCUAUGACCUAGUCUAACAAGACCAAAAAGGUUUCUAGAAACAGGGUUCAAGUUCCCAAGUUCCCCCAGGGGAGGGCAUGUCUAGGAGGGCCUGGCAGAGCCAGUGCAAAACGUAGGGAGCUGCAGCAGCUCAAAGGACCUCAGCCCCACCUUGCAGAGACCUUGACUUGCAGAAUCGCAGCCCACGUGCUGCCCUGGUGUCCCUCAGCCCUGCUGGGCAGAUGCCAGGUACUCGGAUCACUUCUGCUUCCCCUGCCCUGUGCCUCGGGCACCCGUCCUCUGGCUCAGAGCCGCAUGCCCUCCCCAGCACCGCGUCUCACGGAGUGUGAGACCAGGCGAACAGAGCAGAGGUCCCGAAGCCCUUGACCCUUGGGGGCCUGGGAAGUAUAUGAUCUCCCCAGGCUGGGUCGUAGAUUCCAGGGCUGUUUUUCAGUAGGACAGUCUCAGUUUUGGGAGAAGGCCAUCGGGGUCCCCAUCCUCUCUCACUUGCUUCUGCUCUCGAGGCGCUGUGUCUCUGAGCAGUGAGCGGGUCCCAGCACUCCUUCCUUCCCCCGGAGCUGCCCUGCCUUUUCGAAGUAUUUAUUUAUUUAUUGCAUGGUUCCUGGGAACAUGUAGCACAGGGAAUGGGCUGAGGAAGAUGGGGCCUUCUCCUGCCCUAGGAUACUGCCCUGGAGUACUGAGCCCUUAGGAGCUGGAGAUGUUUCCACACCCUAAGGAGAGACCCAGGAGAGAGGUUGGGGAGACAGAGACCAUCGUAGGCCAGCUUCCUUGCUGGGCCGACCAGUCAGGCGAGGGCUGGGAAGACAGCGGCCUGCUCCAGGCCAGUGAGGUGCAAGUCUGCAGGGAAGCAGGGAGGCCUGGGUGUACUCCCUCAAGCUCCUCUGUCCUGUUCAGAGAUGAGAGUUAAGUACCCUGUGCUUUAUUUACACUGGAGAGGAACUAAAGGAUUUCUGUGUAUAUGGAAAAUUAACAAUAAAAAGGCCUCAUGCUUCUUA